GGACUAACCUUACCCAUGUUAUUCCCCGAGGCGGCAAAAGAAACCUAUUCUCACCUCCGUGCACAUAAUGCUUCCAAUCAGACUAUUCUGACGAGAAUUUUGCAUUCCCUGCCUUCAUCGACGUGCCCAUACCGUAGAAGAAACCGGAGAGGAUACCGGAGAAGAGAAGUAACGUCACUACUAUGGACACGGAACGACAGGAGCCGUUUGCCUUGCAUGUGGCGGCCCGGGAUGGCAAAGUUUCUCUUUUUGAGAGUCUACUCAAGGCUGAGUCGAAGCUCGCAUCCCGCAAAGACGAAGAUGGGCGAUUGGCUGUCCACUGGGCAGUCUCAUCCAAUAACCCCGAAAUGGUGCAAAUGCUGUCCCAGCAACGCGACUUUGAUCCGGACGUCCAGGAUGAUAUGGGUUGGACACCCCUUAUGAUUGCCGUUAGUCUGAGAGACGGAGAUGCAAUAGCUGAAUUGUUGCUGCGGGCGGGAGCCGAUUGCAAUGUGAAGAAUUUUAAUGGACAGAAUGCCUUGCAUUUUGUUGCAUCGAGGAAUAACCUCGACAUGGCCAAGACACUACUCGGCCAAGAUCCUCCCGCAUCCGCCAGGGUCCGUGAUAAGCGGGGACAGUAUGCAAUACACCGUGCAGCAGCCAUCGGGUCUGUGCCCAUGGUCAGCCUGCUUCUCAAACAUAGGAGCCCUUUGAAUGCGACUGAUGACUCCGGAUACACCCCGUUACACCAUGCCGUGGCUGAAGGGCACGGUAAGAGCCUCCUCAAUUCUUCACUGGGAUCACGUUUGAUUUAUGCUCGCGGGUGUAGGCGAUACUGCGGUGGCUUUAAUCAAGGCCGGCGCGGAAGUUGACCGGCGAAGCACGGAAGGGUCUCUCCCCUUAGAUUUAGCACCCGACAAAGAGGUGUGUACAUAUAACCCCCCCUUUGCGCCUUCACCGGCGUUAUUUCUCAUACGGGAGAUAAUAGGUUCGUCGUUACAUUGAACGGUCUAUUG